AUGACAUCCUCCCUGCCGCCCUCUGGCCCAUCAAGUGGCCCAACUUUCUUCGACUUUUCCUCCUUUCAAUUGGAGAUAGUCAGCGAUCACCACAAAUCACACAAGAAGCGCCCUGUGGAAUCUCAGCUGGAAUCUCUCUCCAUGGAAGACUCAUCGCAUUCGCUACAGAGUGACUGUCGAUGGAGCUCGAGCUGCCCCUCUGUGGAUAAGAGUCCUGUGAUGGGAGCUGCCCGCCUCCGAUGGCCCGAGAGGACUCCCUCUUUCACCGAGAUUGAUCAAGAGGAUGAAUGGUCGUUGUCCUCCGGAUCCGAGGACGCGAUGGCAAAGUCCGACCCGGGAAUCUCCAGCCGACGCGGUGAAAGGCAAGUGUCGCCAGUACGAACCCACUCCAGUCGACACAACAAUGCUCUCAGAGCAUCAUCGGGGCGAGCACCACAGCGUCCAAGAAGACAACCAUCCCUCACGGGCAAGUUGGAUACAGGUGACCAUGCUUUUCAGAGGCAGCAAACCGCUCUAGUCGCCUGA